GGCUGCUCUUUCGCUGCUAACUGACAGAAGCUCCUCUCAUGGCGACAUCAGCAGCACUCUCCAUCUCCAGCGGCACUGUUGCGUCGAGCUCGUGUCGCGUAGGCGCUUACAGCAGAGGUUCAGUGGUGGGGAUAAGUAGCAACGGAGGCCGACGUCGAGGACCCAAAGUGGUGUGUGCCGUUGGUGAGCUCUCAUCGAACAGCACAAGCUACUUGAUCGCCGGGGCAAUUGGGAUUGCAGUCAUAGGAACUGCAUUUCCCAUCUUCUUCUCCCGCAAGGAUCUGUGUCCCGAGUGCGAUGGAGCGGGAUUCGUGAGGAAGACUGGUUCCAAGCUGACCGCGAACGCUGCAAGGAAGGAUAACACCCAAAUCGUGUGUGCUCGUUGCAAUGGACUCGGAAAGCUGGCUCAGGUCGACAAGUGAAUCAAAACGAGAUUGUUGUUGUGAUCUGUUUUCCUAGAGAAUAGGGAGUGUUUUUAGUUUGUUUGUCCGUUGGGUCCCUUGUGGAGCAAAACUGCCUUGUUUUGCUCUUCAUUUCGACGUCAUUCCUUGCGUGCUUUACAAAGGCUUGGAUUCCUGGUU